CUUAGUCAUAUACAAAACAAAAAGAAAAAAAGGGAAAAGAGAAGAGAAAUUAAUUAAUGGGUUCAUUCAUGUUGAUCAGAUGGGUUGUUUUGAGGGCUUGCUUCAUUGUUCUUAUGGCGGAGCUUCACUUGGCUUUGGGACUGCGAGAUCAUCUUCUCAUAGCCGAUUUACUCCAAGGCGGUGUUGCUGGUGAAGGUGAAGAUGAUGGUCCACCUGUUUGGGAGGGAUUAUGCAAAGCUUCUGUCAUUCCACAUGGUUAUAAAUGCGACGAGUUUCAUGUAACAAGUAAAGAUGGAUACAUUUCUGGGCUUCAAAGGAUCCCAGAGGGUCUUUCAAGUGGUGAUGUUGCAAAGAAAAAGCCACCUGUUCUGGUACAGCAUGGUAUAUUGACGGAUGGGAUGUCAUGGAUGAUGGGCUCUACUAAAGAAUCUUUGGUGUUUGCAUUAGCUGAUAGUGGGUUUGACGUAUGGAUCUCCAAUACAAGAGGGUCUAGAUUUAGCAAGAAACAUGUAUCUCUUGAUGAAAGCCAACCGGAAUACUGGAAUUUCUCAUGGGAUGAGGUCGCCGAGAAUGACCUUCCUGCUAUAGUUGACUUCGUAUACAAUCAAACUGGCCAGAAUCUCCACUAUGUUGGCCACUCCAUGGGAACAACAAUUGCAAUGGCGGCCUUAUCAGAAGGGUUAUUGGUGGACAAGUUGAGCUCAGCUUCCUUUCUUAGUCCCAUUGCUUACUUGACACUUAUGACCAAUGCUGCUGGCAUAAUCGCUUCCGAUGCCUUCCUGGGAGAGUUAUGCGAAUUGCUGGGUUUGGAUCAGCUGGACCCAAGCAAAAUUCUAGCUAUUCCAAAGUUGUUACCUAAUGGGCAAUUGGCUACAAUGUUAUUCAACAACGUUGCCAAGCGUUUGGGGAUUGAUUUGCCUGCUUUAGAGGCGAAACUUAUCAGCCAAAAUUGUUGUCUCAACUCUACUGCAUUUCAGUUUUAUAUCGAUCAUGCACUUCAACCAGCCUCAGUGAAGACCUUGGUGCAUUUUACUCAAACACUGAGAAAUGGGGUGGUGAAAAAGUAUGACUACGCGAGUCCUGAUCUGAACAUGAAGCAUUAUGGGAAACCAGAGGCGCCGGAAUACGACCUGAAAAACAUAUCGAAAAGCCUACCGUUGUUCUUCAGCUAUGGAGGCAACGACGAUCUCUCCGACGUGAACGACGUCAAUCAUUUACUAGACGAUCUCAGUACCCACCACAGAGACAAGAUCAAAACUCAUUUCGUGCCUGAGUUUGCACAUCUCGAUUUUGUUUUCGCCAUUAAUGUCAAGGAGAAGGUCUAUGAUACCAUGUUCGACUUCAUCAGAGCUCAUUCACUAAAACCAGAAGGAGAAGGAGAAGGAUGAGGAGGAGGAAGCGGCGGCCAUAAUAUCCAUCUCCAUUCCUUCUCCUACCAAGAAAAGUUCAAAUUGACGUAACUAACUAAGCCUAGAUUAGUACUAGCUAGUUUCGAUCCAAACUCACCCAUCAAUGGAUUAUUGGAUUGGAGAGCAUUGGUGGGUUCUGGGUUGUGAUUAGCUUUAUUGCAUUUUUGUUUUUUAGGGAUUUUUCAAGUGAAGGGAUUAAUAAUCUGUUUUGUGAUAGGAAGAGAUCCCACUAGGACUGAACAAAUGGUUGAUGAUCUUAUAAUAUAGUUAAGCCUUGCUUCUUACUUUAUUCUGAAAAGAUAAUAUGGUACAAGA